AUGGCCACCACCAUCACCGUCCUCUCCGAGGACGGCAAAUCGAAAAUAACCCUCAAAUCUUUACCGCCGAUGAAACCGUUGAGGGACUGUUUGCUCGAGUGCGCGAGUAAGCUCGGGAUGAUAUCAGAGAGUAGUAUAAACGUUGAUGCGUUGGAAUUCCGUUCAGAAGACCAAUCGCGGGGAAAAGGCUCCUCUUCCUCCUCGGGAGGUGUGAAAGUCGACAUGGACUGCCCUUUGCGGCACUUGAACUUACCGACGAACGCGAAGUUGAAAGUAGUGUUUAUUAAAAAACGAACUUUAACGGUUGGUUCAGAUGUCGUCGCGAAUGAGGAGAGCAGUUUGAGAAGAGGAGGAGGAGAAGCACCACCGUUACACGUUAAAGGUGCCUCGUCGGCGAGCGCGGCGAACGACGCGGCGGAGAAGAAAGACAAAAAAGAAGACGAAACGAUGGAACGAUAUGCAAUUCUGAGUGACGACGACGCAAAAGCGACGUCUUCUUCUUCUUCUUCUGUUCUCGGCAAACGCGCGGCUCGGGUGGUUCGACAGAAAACUUUAGACGCCGAAGCGGAGGAACGCAAAAUGGAUCCAACCACCGGUUUAGUCUCCGCGAAUGAGGAAUUACCGGAGGCAUUUUUUGAGCUGUCCAGUGCGGAAGCGGCGCAGAUUGUGGCGUCAAACAGACGUAAAUUAGAGAACGGGAAUGCCUUGUUGACGAAGAAGCAUCGAGAGCGAGAAGCGCAACGGCGAAGAGAGAAAGUGCGACACGCGACGAUACGGAUUAUGUUUCAACAGAAACCAAUUUCGGACGUGUGCGUGGAAGCGGUGUUCGACGCGCACAAAGAAACCGUCGAGGACGUGUACGCGUUCGUUGAGGAGAUUUUAUCCAAGGAUGAUAAAAGUACUCAAAGCGCGCCGAGCUUUGAACUCUUCGUCGCGCCUCCGAAACGCGUCUUGAAACGAAACGGCCGAGACGCGAACCAAUCCUUAUACGACGCCGGCUUAGCCCCCGCCGCGAAAAUCUUCUUCUCCUUAAAAACCACCACCACUACCACUUCCUCCUUCGAAGAAGUAGAGGAAUCCGCGCUGCUCAGCACCAAGUGUUUGGAAAUGCUUCGAUUGCACGACCAAAAGUCUUCCGCUUCGGCGCCGAUACGUCCUCCUCCUCCUCCGAAGCCUCCUUCGAAAGAAGAAGACAAAGAUCGAGAAGCAAAAGCCGAACCGAUGAUGAGCGACCAGGCUAAGAAAUCCUUCGUCCCUAAGUGGUUCAAGAAGUAG